AUGCCUGAUCUACCGCCUUCAUCGUGGAAUACGCACACACACUGUUUUGACCCGGAACGCCAUCCAUUCAAGAGCUCGCGCGCCUACACUCCGGAAGCCGCUCCUCUGCACAGCCUGAUUGAGCAAUCACCGGCCGACAAUGUCAUGAUUGUACAAGCGACGAUUGAAGAUGGAUAUAGUGGGCUCCUUGAAACAAUGGCCAAUGCUCAUAGGGACUACCCUGGAAAUCAAAUCCGCGGAACCAUCUCAUGGGAUCCUGAGGACCCAAGCUUGAAGAACAAGACAGACUCUGAUUGGGACAAGUUGAAUGAAGCCGGAGUGCGGUCCGUGAGGAUCCAUGGCUCAUAUGGUGGCUCUGGUGAUGAUCUUGAAUGGGUUCUCAAGGUCUUCAUUGAUGUGGCUACCUACUGUCCUUUGGAGAGGCACGGAUGGAGUAUCUCAUCCCAAUUGCCACUCAAAACAUGGUCAAAAAUGAAAGAUUCCAUUCUGAACCAUCCCAAGCUGAAGAAUAUCUCUAUCAUUGCAGACCAUAAUGGUUCGGCAACACCAGAGGACUAUGAUACCUCUGAGUUCAAUGACUUUCUCAGCCUUAUGGAAGCUGGCAGACUUCAUGUCAAGACAGGUGCUUUGCACCGACGAUCAGAGGAUAUCUCUCUUAUGCAACCAAUUAUCAAGUCUUUUUUUAAGACUGCACCUUCUGGUGUUGUUUGGGGGAGUGAUUGGCCUCACGUUGAUGCCACUGCCAAAGGCCUUACUCCAGCACCUCCUCUUCAAGUUGACACUGCCCAAGAACUUCAAUUGUUGAGAGAGUGGAUGACGAAAGAGGAGUGGGUGAAGAUGUUUGUGUACAAUCCAGUACGGAUAUUUGGGCCAUAG